UACACAGGCAACACCCCCAGGGCAGCAAUCAAAAUGACUCUACGACUAGCAAUUCUGGCAGCGAUGACGAUCGCCACCGCCAGCGCCGUUGCCAUCGGAUAUCCGGCCCCGUACCAUGGGUAUCCGGCGAUCGCCAAGGUAGCCGCCGACUACGACCCGAACCCACAGUACAGCUACAGCUACGCCGUGUCGGAUGCUCUGACCGGGGACAACAAGAGCCAGCACGAGUCGCGCUCCGGAGAUGUUGUGACCGGCUCGUACUCGUUGAUUGAACCCGACGGUACCCAGCGUGUGGUGGAGUACACGGCCGACCCGGUCAACGGAUUCAACGCCGUCGUACACCGUGGCGCCGGAGUGGUCAAAGCUGUCGCGCCGGUAGCGAAAUUCGCCGCCCCGCUGGGCUAUCAUGGCCUGGCGAAGGUUGCCGCUCCACUGGCCCACCCGUACUAUGGAUAA